AUGACUGAACCAACCUCGGAUGGGGAGAAGGGCGGCCUCGAUGAGGAUCACGUAGAGCGUACGGUGAUUGAACUCUCCACCGAUAGUCGGGUCACGGCUUUUACACCAGAAGAGCAAAGAGCCAUCAUCUGGCGUAUCGAUCGACGACUAGUCCUGACAUUAGGAUUCUUAUACAUGAUUAGUUUAAUGGAUCGGACUAACCUUGGUGCUGCUGCCAUCGCUGGAAUGACAAAACAACUGAACAUGAAUGACAAGAAUAACGCCUACACGAUCGUGUCGUUGGUGUUCUUCCUUCCGUAUGCCCUUUUCCAACCACCGGCAACUGUUGCCAUACGCGAAAUUGGGCCUCGAAGAUUUCUUGCCACCAUUGUCUUUUUCUGGGGAGCUGUUAUGAUCUCUUUUGGAUUUGUGAAAUCAUGGGAAGUCAUGGCAGUCGUGCGUGUUAUUCUCGGAAUUCUUGAAGCUGGCUUUUAUCCAGGAUGCAUCUAUCUCCUCAGCACUUGGUACCCAAGAUACGAACUCCAGAAACGAAACGCGGUAUUCUAUCUGAUUGGGAGUUGCGCUUCAGCUUUCGCUGGAAUCCUUGCCUAUGGUCUCAUGCAGUUGAAUGGCCGAGCAGGUCUGGAGGGUUGGAGCUGGAUCUUCAUAGUUGAAGGCAUUCUUACCUGCAUUCUUGGCAUAUUCUCUUAUGUCAUGAUUGUCGAUUUCCCUGAGCUUUCGCCCAAGUCCUGGAAGUUCCUCAACGAGAAAGAGGCUGCUUUCAUAGUUGCGCGUAUUGAGCAUGACCGCCAUGAUAUCAGAGUAGAACCCUUUUCGCUUGGAUCCUACCUCCGAAAUGGUUUGGAUAGCAAGGUUUGGGGAUUCUCGGCCUUGUACACGCUGACUACGACCAAUACCUAUGCAAUUGCCUACUUUCUCCCCAUCAUUCUCAGAGAUGGUAUGGGAUUCAGUAUUGCAAAGGCACAAUGUCUUGUUGCUCCUCCAUAUAUUUGCGCUGCUAUCAUCAUGUACAUUCAAGCGUACUACGGCGACAAAUGGCACCUUCGUGGUCCAAUAAUUAUUGGAAAUGCGGCUCUUGGAAUACUUGGCCUUGGAUUGUUGGGUUAUCUCCACAACAGUGCCGCUCGUUACUUUGGUGUUUUCUUGGCUACGACGGCUUGCAAUGCCAAUUGCCCUGCCCUUGUGACUUAUCAGGCAAAUAAUGUUCGCGGGCAAUGGAAACGAGCCUUCACUUCGGCAACACUGAUUGGCGGUGGUGCACUUGGUGGUAUUAUUGGGACGAGUGUUUUCCGAGCGAAAGACUCCCCAGGCUACCGUCCCGGUAUCUUGACCUGUCUCAUUGCCAAUGCACUAAUAAUUGCAAUCGUUACUGCACUUACCUUUAAGUUCUACCGGGCAAACAAGAGGGUAGAUGCUGGAGGGAAGCAGAUUGAAAAUCAGGUUGACUUCAAGUAUACGUAUUAG